AUACACAGGCCGUGCCUCACUCCCAGGGGCUCAUCAGGCCCAGGAUAAAAGGGCUCCAGCGCCCUGCUCCUCAGUCCUCAGCCUUCCACUGACAGCUUCCACUUCCUCCACUGAUCAGGUUCACGGACUUCCCCUCGAAGAUGUCCAGCCAGCAGAGCCAGAAGCAGUGCCAGCCCCCUCCUAAGUGCCAAUCCCCAAAAUGUCCCCCCAAAUGCCCUCCGGUGUCCUCCUGCUGCGGCUCCAGCUCCGGGGGCUGCUGCAGCUCCGGGGGCGGCGGCUGCUGCCUGAGCCACCACCGACCCCGCCGGUCCCUUCGUCGCCGACACCAGAGCUCUGGUUGCUGCAGCAGUGGUGGUGGCAGUAGCUGCUGUAGCAGUAGCUGCUGUAGCAUUAGCAGCGGCGGCGGCAGCAGCUGUGGUGGCGGCAGCAGCAGCGGCAGUGGCUGCUGUGGCAGCAGCGGCGGCGGUGGCAGCGGCCAGCAGUCUGGGGGCUCCGGCUGCUGCUGACCUGGGCCAUGAGGAGCGCAGACAAGCAGGGCUGGAGGAACCAAAGUGCAGGACACUCGUGCCAGCCUGCUGCUUCCCCACCUUCCUUCCUCGCUGGCCAUGCCCUGGCUCGGAGAUGCUGAGAUCUUCCUCCGGAAGGUGCUGAAUUUUCUCCUACAUGGUCGGCUCCCCUAUUCUGUGCUGUGAAAGAAUAAACUCUUCCCUGCAGAACCUCA